CCCGCGAGGCGCGCAGUCACUUCGCGCCCAGGAUCCCGCCUCCCCGCACUGCAGUCGGCGUGUUGCUCCCGCUCCCGCUGGCUUUCUGCAGCGUCUCAGUCAGCCUCGCCGCCGGCCGUGCGCCGCCGCCGCCGCACCGGUGUUGUGCCGUUCCCGCCAACCACCCGCCACAGGUCCUCCUACCCACAGCAGCCACCAUGCCGGGCGUGGACUCUCACGACCCCGAUCCUGUGCCGGACGUCAUCAGCCCCAAGGACCUGAAUGACCUCCUGAGGGAGAUCGGUACCACGCCCGAGUCCCUGAAAAGAGACGCCGCCGCGCUGCGCGAGUGGAUCGUCGCCGAGCCCCACCUGCCCAACGUCACGAGUGAUUUGGACGAAUGGCUGGAGACGUUCCUCAUCGUCUCCAAGAACUCGAUGGAAAAGGCCAAAGCUCGGCUGGACAACUACUUCACCUGCCGCACGACGCUUGCCGACUGGUUCGUCGUGCCGCCGCCUCCAGAGGACAGGGGCAUCAUGGAGGACACCGACUACGUCCAGGGCGGGUACCUGCCCAGGCUCCUGCCGGGAGGCCUUUGCCUCUACUUCGAGAAGCCCGUGAUGCCUCCUCACGGCAACUGGUCUCGCAUCGACCUGUCCACCCACUACCGGCGGUCACUGCUGAACGUGGAGGCAAUGUUCGGCCGCUGCAAGCCGGUUCGGGGGGUCGUCUUCGUCUACGACCAGAAGAACAUCAACAUGGGCGUCGUCACCACCCUCCUGAGCUCGUUAGGAUUGUUCAGGAAGUGGAUGGGUUGCAUCCAGGACGCUAUGCCUACCAACGUGAAGGCCAUCCACCUCAUCAAUGGCACGGCACCUAAUAUCACGCGAAUGCUCCUGAACGCUUUUACCCCAUUGAUGAAAGCGAAGAUCGCCGGGAGGAUAAUUGUUCACGACAGUUUAAAAAGCCUGCACGAGCACAUUGCUCCAGAAUACUUACCGAAGGAAUAUGGAGGAAGUGAGGAAGCAACAUUGAAGGAGAUGGGCACUGUUUUGGGAAACUUUAUAUUGAGUAAGAAGGAAUGGUACGCUUCAAGAGCAUGGAUGAAAACUGACGAGAGUCUCAGGGCAGUCAAGAAAACUUCUGAAUUUGGAAUUGAGGGUUCAUUUCGAAAACUGGAAGUAGAUUAAAUUGUAGGUGUAGAUAUUAAGUACAAACAGGUUAAAUUAUGACAAAUUGAUAGAUUUAGCAAAAACAUGUGUUACUUUAUUUCAUUAAAAAUAACAUAAAACAAAAACAAAAAUAGCCUUCAAAAUAUUUGAAACUAUCUAUCUAAUUAUAUUUUCUAUUUCUAAAAUAAUGAUGAAUUAUUGUAUCACAGCCAUAUCAACAACACCCUAGAAUUCUAAAAAAUUAGAUCAUUGACUGGUCUAUAGGGUGCUUCACACUAUGACAUUAAAUCACCACAAAAUUAAUUGUAAAAACAAAACAGAAGAUAAAAAGUACUGGACAUCAUGAAAUAAAACAAUAAUUUCUUA